AAUAUUGAAUCGAGCUUUUCGUAUGGUGCUGAUGGUGCUCCAGAACACUUCUGCUGAAAGAAUGCGCGCAUUUUCGUACGGCCCAUCGAAGAAAAUGUUCGCGUAGUAUCGUUCAGAAAGAUCGACCGUGGACAAACUUUGACUCAUUUGGCUAAUUUGCGUGAGAAAUUGAUUGAUCGGUACCUCUUUCACCAUGGACAGAAGAAAAAUGUCUACAGCAGGGGAUUCCCUUUAUCAGAUUUUGGAAGUUCCAAAAACUGCCACUUCGGAGGAUAUUAAAAAGACGUAUAGAAAACUGGCCCUGAAAUAUCAUCCUGACAAAAAUCCUAAUAAUCCAGAGGCAGCUGAAAAGUUUAAAGAAAUAAAUAGAGCACACGCUAUACUGACAGAUCUAACCAAACGUAAUAUAUAUGAUAACUAUGGAUCUCUUGGUCUAUACGUCGCGGAACAGUUUGGAGAAGAAAAUGUUAAUGCUUACUUCGUUGUCACCUCUGGAUGGUGCAAGGCUCUGUUCAUAAUUUGUGGAUUACUUACCGGUUGUUACUGUUGUUGCUGUUGUUGCUGCUGUUGUUACUUCUGUUGUGGUAAAUGCAAACCAGCUCCUCCCGAGGAUUCCGGUGCAUACCAUAAUUUACAGUUGGAAAGCAUGUCAGCGAGGAAAGAAUAUCUUAGUAGAUAUCUAAUUGCAAAAACAAGCGAUUUAAGGAGUUCAUGCAACUUACAUAUUAUCGACGUAUGCAUAAAACGGAACCUGAAUCCAGAGGGUGUUGUGACAGAUCAACCGCGAGGUUUUGGCAAGGAAGACGAAAGCGACGAUGACGCUGUGACAUCUCAACCUCAAAGUGGUGCGUCGCAAAAUGCUUCUAAUAUACAACAACCAAUAUUUGCCAUGCCUGCACCAGGAUCAGCGGCACCAGCGACAACGGUUAACGAAAGCACGAAUCUGAACAGCGGCGGUGAACGUGUGAUUUAUACCACUGCGGCUGCCACAAAUCCAUUCAUAGGAGCCAAUGCACCUACAAGUGACACCGGACCAACCAGAUGGUAGACUGAAUAAACUCACCAUGGAAAAUCUGUUACACAGACAUUGAAUUCAUAUUUGUAGUACCGGAUCUCUACUUUAACAUAGCUUAUAAGUUGUCUUGAUUGUCUUGAUAAAAUAGGUGGUAAUUGGUAUAUGUUAUAACGUAAUUUAUAACGUAUAUUGAUACCUAAAUUAUAACGUUAUAAGUUAUAAAUUUUUUUUUUUGUAUAUUCUGUAUCUCUAGAAAUCGUUAUUACGUUGUAUUUAUUCAAAUAGUCUCGAUCGAAACGAUCUCUUUGUAUUAUCCGAAUGUAAUUUAACUAACAUAGCGAUCUUCCACUGUAUAGAAAAUUAUUUUACAAUUUUCUCGUACAUGAGUAGAGAAGUAUGCUUUACACUUGUACUUUUCUAGUUUAUAAAGUUUUUUUUUUAUGUUUUAGUGUAUUUCUAAAAUAGAAUUUUUAAAAGAUUAGCACUUUUGCGAGCAAAGAGUAAACUAAGACGAAGCCUUUGAUAAGAAAUAUGAAUUCUUAUACCAAUUGUGUAAAACACGCGCGCGUGAAAUUACUCAGCUACAUAAUAUAAAAUAAUAGUCUUUCUUCUCUUUAGAAUAUUUGCACAUAGUAUCUUAAUGUGACCAUCCAUCUUCAAUUAAGUUUUUGAAAUAAUAUGUAACAUUUGGAGAUAUUAUAAUAAUUACACAUUAUAGAAAAUAUGAGAGUAUCAGUAGAACGAAAAGGAACGAUAGGUCUCGAAUAGAGUACGAAAGCAUUUUUUAAUCACUUUCAAGUUGGCUACUCGUUGAAGGCCUAAUUAUAAAGUUGUGCAACGUUUAACAUUUAUCUAUAAUAUAAUUAAUAAGCUCUUGUUUUUCAAUUUUCAAAUUAGUGCACUCUUGUUUAAUGAAAAUUUAAUCUUGAUCAUUGCUUAAAAAAUUGACAUAUAUUUACUAAAUUUAUUAAAUUUUGGAAAGAGGUGCACUUACAAAGAAAAUUGAUUCAAAUUUAUUUUAAAAAAUACUAUACACACAUGUGAGUGAGUGUGUGUAUGUGUGUGUGCACACACACACACACACACAUCAAUCUCACAAUUUUUGCACCUGUGUAUAUUGGUUGUUAGUAAUGUUAAGAAAUGAUAUUCGCGUGUGAAUAAUCUUUAUGAAAUAUAUAAAAACUUGUUACGAUAAUUACCUUUUGCAAACUAAAUCUCGUACCGUGCAUUUAUGACAUUUGAGAGUAUCUCUUAAGGAUAAUGAUGUGUAAUAUUAAUCUGAAAUUCCACUUAUCUUAAAAUUUUACGUCGUUCCAAUAUAUAGCCUAGACCAAAAAUAUUAGGCACGUUAAAUUUUUUUCAAGUAUUUUUAACUGGAAGGAUUUAAACAGAAAUAAAAAUGUUACUUAUCCGUUAAAUCGUUUCUAAAGCCCUUUAAACUCGUGUAUAAAAUAAUCAACGUAUGAAAUGGAUAUUACAAAUAAAACAAUUCCAAAUAAACGGAAAAAAUAUAGCUACCUAAUAAUUUUGUCCAAGGCUGUAUCUGUUUAUUCCAUUUGUUUCAUCUAAUUUACUUAAAAAUCACAUGUUUAUUUUAUACAUCGGAGUAAAAUUACUGAUGAUAUAAUUCAAUAUUUAACACCAUGAUUUCCAAUGAUUUAUUUUUUAAAAGAAAGUAUAACUCUUGAAAUGAAUAGAGGGUAUAAUCGAAGUAAAAUAAAUAAAAUAAAGAAUAAACAUUGCCUUUAUGCAAAAUAAAACUUACAUUUUUUUUAAGCAUUUUAUACCUUGAUGUUAUUUUGUAAUAAAAAAUUAAUAUUAGAAUCAUACACAUAAUUUCCGAAUAUCAAAUGAUUAUUUGAUUCUGAUUUGAAUCUCAUUCUUUAGAAAAUUAAUAAUUUUUUACAGACAAAAUUAUUUCGAAACGAUUUAUCGAUAUUACCGCUAAAAACAAUUUUACUCUCGGUGUCUCAAAGUUGUAAUUUCUUUUAUCUAUAUAUGCAUGUAUAUUGCAUUGACUAUUAUACUAUUAUUACGGUGAUUAAACGACGAAAAGAUUAGAACACGUCUUGGUGUGAUGUAUUCUGUAAUAUCUCUUACAAUUAGAUGAUACGUACACAAGCGCGAAGUUUAGACGUAACUUUUUGUAAAAAGUGUAAUCUCGCGUAUGUAUCUGUCGAUUAAAUUUUCAAAUUUUCACGCCGCGCACGUGAACGCACGCAUCGAUUAAAUAAUAUUGCAUGUUUACAAUAAGAUUUCUUUAAUUAUAAAUAUCUAUCUGUAUAUUGUGUCGAAUGUGUGAUCGUAAAUGGCAAAUAUUGUCAACGUGCAAAAAUAUUUUCAAACCGUUCCAGCAAUGUAAAAAACAACAUGGACAUAUAUAUUAUAUAUAUAUACAUACAAUCGCGCGUGAUGAAUAGUUGAUCGUACAUAAUUUAUAUUAUUAUAUAUCAAAAAGUGUGAGAUAAAUCUAAACGACUGAACGUAAUAUACGAAAGCCUGAAUUUUUCACAAGAUAUGCGCGUAAAUAUCUGUUAAAGAUUUUUGUUUUUUAAAACUACUUCGAAUAAAGUCAACUUUUAAAUAUUUUAUUAUGUCAUUUAUAUCAAGGUCCAUUAUAGCUAUAUCGAAUGACAUUACCGAAAAUGAAAAAUCGAAUGAAUUCUUUUUUUUCGUAAAUAAUUGAUCGAUAGAUAAACUGUCCCUCCUUCACUUGAUUCAACUGACACAAUUUUUAACUAUUUAAAAUUUUUUAUUUAUUAAAAUCGAAAAAAAUGUUUUGGAUAUAAAGUAUGUCGCUGUGGACUUGGCGGCGUAUUUAUGCUAUCAAACGUGAAAAUGUCAACUUGUUUUCAUCGUGUGUAUAGUAAGAAGAAAGAAUUCGUAAUUCAACAUAGUUGUGGUGUGAGAGAGAGAGAGAGAGAGAGAGAGAGAAAACCUUAAUUACACAUUUGUUUCAAGCAAUAGCAUCGAAUUUAUAUUAAGUAUUUACAUAACAAUUUACAUUAUAAAAUUUUAAUUUACAACAAUAUUUUUUAAACUUUAUUACUCAGGAAUUAUAGGUUUUUUUUCUUUUUUGCUAUUUAUUCGUCAUUAAAGUGUAUCUUAUACCAAUUUACAGAAGUGUACGGAAUGUUCUCGGUAAAAUAAUUAUAUACGUAUAUAUAUGGAGAUUGAAAGAGAAAUUUCAAUUCAAGAUCCGUAUAUACUCGUUCAGUUGCCUGUUUCGACAAUAUUAAUAUCAA